AUGUCCUUCAAUGAUUUGAAACAGGAAGGCAAUACGUUUUUCCAAAAGGGAGACUAUGCUCAAGCAAAUGGAUAUUACGAUCAAUGUAUCAAGUUGGAACCAACAAAUCCAAUUGGAUACAGUAACAAAGCUAUGUCCUUAAUCAAACAGGGCAACCAUGGAUUAGCCGUCGAGACGUGUCAAGAAGGUUUAAAAUACACCUCUUCUUCCACUAAAGAAGCCACCACCAUCAAACGUAAAUUGGAAUAUCGUCUCGAAUUAGCCAAGAGAGCUUGUCAUCAAGGACAAAAGCACUCUUCGUCUUCUUCGUCUUCUUCCUCUUCAACACCAGUUCCAAUCACCAUCAGCGAAGUGGACCAGUUGCCUGCACAAUAUGCCUCCUUAUAA